UGAUUGUCAUCACUCCCUGUUUUGUAGUGUUGCCUAUUUUCUUCUCAAAGCUGGACACAAUCAGAGCUCUUUUCAUAGUGUGGUGUAAUCUGUUGAAGUGAGAGUUUGAAGACAGUUGGAAAGUUUGGUUCAUUCUCUGAGCAGUUUGCUGCAGCAAGAUGGAUCCUGCUCAAGGGCAGACGGAAGGGAAGUCGUUGACGUCGAAAUUGAAGGCGAAGGUGAGGGGCGUGAAGAAAGUUAAAAACCACUUGCCCGGACGGCACAGGCGUGACACCGAAAAUCCACAAGGAGAUGUCGCCGUCCACGAUGAUGAUGAUGAUAGCUCUGGCUCCAGCUCUGAUGCGUCUCCCAGAAAACCCGGUCCGGAGACGGGAUACAACGUCGGUCAAUCCACACCUUUUACAACAGUGAAGACCACUCCACUGAAAUCAGACCACUCCGCCAAGUCGCAGGAUAGGAGAUCUCCGCCUAGGUCGCACAACCGCGACUACGAAUCGAAGCUUUCUAAUGACAAUUCGGGAUAUCGAGCAUCCGAUGGCCCCCCAAGCUCAAUGACCCCCUCUGUGGAGGAAAAAUUCCAGUAUUUGGGUGUUGGAGACCGAUCUAGACCUGCAAACUAUCCGAAUGAUCACUCUUAUCAGAUUGGACAACAUUACCCCACCACGGCAACAGAGGGCGUGCCGAAGAUUGGGUACAGUGAGCAUGACACCAAGCCCCCUGGAUUGUUGGCACGCGUGCAAGAUACAGUUGGAGGGGUCGCCGCGGCAGUGGGGUCACAAGUGGGCUACUAUAAUGAAGUAGAUGCUACCCCUCAUGAGCAGCCAUCAACGGAUCCAAAUGCACCGUCGGUGUUGGACAAGGCGAAACACACACUCGGAUUGGCCAAGCCAAGUGACCCAAACUCGCCGACAGUGAUGGAGAAGGCGAAGCACACACUCGGAAUGGAUAAGCCUAGCGAUCCGAACGCGCCUACAGUGAUGGAGAAGACGAAGGCUCUUUUAGGAAUGGGUAAGCCUGGAGAUCGAGAUGCGCAGACUAUAAUGUAGAAGUCUUGGGAGUUGAGAAUGAAAAUUGGAAUGAAAAAUAACCCCAAUUUACGCAGGAGACUUGAGAUUAUUCACUCUUGAGUGUUAUCAUGUGGAAAUGUAGAUUAUGGCAGUGUAGAAAGGAGGAUGCGAACUACUUCUGCAUUAGACUAGAAAUCCUCGAUACAAUUGGACCUCAACCUUAUGGGAAAUGUGAAAUAAUGCAAAGUGAUGUAAAUGGCAUGUAUAUUCAGGAAAUCGUAGUUCGGAGCUCAGAGACGUUGGAAGCUUAUCAUUUACGCAAAUG